AUGGGGAGUUUAGGUAUUGAAACUGAGAAUGCAUGCUCAGAGACUUACUUAAGACUUGGGCUCAGAGAAUCCAGGAAAGAAACUUCAGAAAUACCUCGAGUUCUAUCAUACAUAUCGCUAUUUCUUGAAAGAUCUAUUCAAAAAAAUGAAAGGUAUCUUGAAACUACACAGACGAAAGACAUUAUGACCAUCUUUCAUGGUACAAAAGCACCCCCUUUAAGCAUUGGACAGUACAUAGAUCGGAUCUUUAAGUAUUCAUACUGCAGCCCUUCCUGCUUUGUGGUUGCACAUAUAUAUGUGGAGAGAUUUAUUCAGCUCACCAGUGCUCUUGUAACUUCCCUCAAUGUUCAUCGGCUCUUAAUCACCAGCAUUAUGGUGGCAGCAAAAUUUGUUGAUGACGCGUUCUUCAAUAAUGCGUAUUAUGCUAGAGUUGGAGGCGUAAGCACGUCAGAGUUGAACAGAUUGGAAAUGAAGUUUUUGUUUGGUUUGGAUUUUCGACUUUAUGUAAGCAAAGAUACAUUUGGGAAGUACUGCAUGCUUCUGGAAAAAGAAAGCACGAACAGCGGGUUCCAGAUCGAACGUCCAAUCCAGGCAUGUGGGAUAGUAAAAGGCAACUGGUCUAGCAAAGAAGAUUCAUCUUGUGCUAAAAGAAUGGCUAGCUUGCGCGUUUCAGAAAGCUCGGAGUGGUGA